AAUUCGCGCGUGAAAAUCUUUGUACUUAACCUUUUCAUAACUUUAAAUGAAACUAUGUCGAAGCUAACAGUGCACUCGGUCUGCCCUAAAGGACCGAUUUAUCCCAAGUUAUUACAUUUCCAAAAUGGCUGUCCGACGCAAGACUUUGAAACAAACUGUGUCGUUUUACAAGACCAGAAUAAGUCUAGAACGAUAAUAAUGGAGACUUCAGAGCUCGUCUACGGCGGUAAAGAGGAAGAGGAAGACUCUGGUACGACCCUGAUACUGGCCAGAGACAGGAUAUCCGGUAAUGUUCGUCUAAUAGAGGUAGGCAGCGCCAACAUGAAACCGCUCACCGAAACUUACUUAGACGAUUUAGAACAUCAACGCGAAGCGAAAGAGCAUAGAAAGAUUAGAAAGAUGGGAUCAAAGAAUACUAAGACACCGAAUAUAUUAAAUGACGUUCAAAUGGACACAGGACAGAUUAUUCAAAGAAAUACGUUUGAAAAUCUAGUAACUAAUAUCGGCAUAGGUGAGCUCGAUAUUAUUAUAGAUAAAGAAGUAACUGAAGAUGAGUUUUUAGAAUUUGAGAAGAAACAAUUAGAACAGCAAAAAAAAAUAAGAAUUAAUCUUGAAACUGAAUCAGAACAGACGGAUAUGGAGGUUAUGGACCAACAAAAUAUUACAGUGGAAGAGAAUUACUGCGAAGAGUUCCACAUACCGCCUAUUAAUAGAGGAGCUUGCAAAGUUGAAGAUGUUUAUCACAUAGAGAAGAUUUUGUCUAAAUACGACUAUGAAAAGAUUUCACAGGAACUAGAGGAAAAUAACUAUAUGGCUGAUUUGCAUCCAUAUAUAAAGUCUUACAUGAAAGACAGGCAACUAUCACGACAAUUAAUGGUACUCGCUGUCUAUGCCAGUUGUCUUAUUAAGUACUUACAUGCUAGCAGAGAACAAAUCAGAACGAGUAAAUUUAAAAUAUGUCAGCAUUCAAAAACAUUGAAUGAUAUACUAAUGAAAAAAUUUACAGAACUAGCUGUGAUUGGAUCAAAAAAUAUUGAGGAGAAAAUUAUAUGUCAUAUAAUUGUUCUCAUGUUGAUAUUAAAUAAUUAUAGAUUUUAUCUUGCACCUCUAUGUAUUGCAAUGGGUAUACCAAAGAGAUUUAAUAUUAAAGAGCUAGUCCACUUCACUGGAGCAUCAGUAGUUACAUGUGAAAUUGGAAAACAAGUAGUACUAAGGCUACCGUUGGUCAAAAAACCACAUUCUACCUCUGAUAAAUCAACCGUAUGUGACGAUACAGACUCACAUAAGCAGCUGAAAGAAGAAAGAAGAUUCAAAAUUAGUAAAGAUCUUAUUCAGUCGGUAUCUAAAGUUCACAAUGAAACUGGUACUGAUCAGAUAGAAACAGUGACUGCCAAUGAUACGGUCAACAAUGAUCUGUCUAUAAAUGGCAAACCUGACUUGGAUGACUUCUAUUUGCCAUCUAUAAACAGAGAUGCAACUCAAGUUGAACAUGUAUAUCAUGUAGAGAAGAUUUUAUCCAAAGAUGAAUAUGAACAGAUCUACCGUGAAUUCGUGGAGAAUAAAGACACAGCUGAUUUACAUCCAUACAUACUUCCCUUCAUAGAAAACGCGACUCAGUCCUUACAAUCAACAGUGUUAGCUCUAUAUACAAGUGAACUUUUGAAAUUCUUGCAUGUUGACAAAGGAGAAAUCAUGAAAAAUUACUUUAUAUUAUGCCACAAUUCUAAAACAUUGAAUAAUAUCAUAAUGGACCGUUUUACAACACUUGUUAUGUUUAAACGUACGAGGUUGCAAGACAUGAAAGAUAAAAUUGUAUGUCAUAUAAUUGUAUUUACUUUAAUCUUAAGUAACUUUAGCUUUAAACUGAUGCCACUCUUUAAAUCAAUAAAAGCUAAUUAUAACCAUAUGAUGAAAAUGAUAGCUCUCAUCGGAGCAUCAAUCAUAAACGAAGACAGUGAAAUGACAGUGCAGUUAAAAUUACCGUUAGUUCCCAAACCUCAGGCCCCUAUAAGAAAAACAAAGCCGCAUAAAAUUGACAUGAACUUGCAGCACAAAGAUGAUUCCGAAAUCGACCCAGAUGAGUUUUAUGUGCCGUUUCUUAACCGAGAAGCAACCAAUGUUGAAGAUGUAUAUGUUAUAAAGGAGAUUUUCUCGGAAGAUGAGUAUUUACAGAUUUUUUUUGAGCUAGCAGAACACAAUUAUUUGGGCGAUUUACAUCCGUACAUACAGCAAUUUGUGGAAAACAAGACAUUAUCUUUAGAGUUUACAGUGCUAGCUGUAUAUGCAAGUGAUCUCAUAAAAUUCUUGCAUGCCAGCCUUAGCGAAAUCAGAAAUGUGAACUACAUAAUUAGCCACCAUUCUAAGACAUUAAAUGCAAUUUUAUUUGAAGGGUUUACAGAACUUGUUCAAUAUAAAGGGCAGAAACGUGCAGAGAUUUCAAGGUCACGAGCAAUGAGAAGAAAACUUGUCUGUCACAUAAUAGUAUGUACGUUGAUCUUGAAUAACUUUCAAUUUAAAAUGGAUUCUUUUCUGGAUGAGAUAAAAAUGGAAAAAAUACAAGAACCCUUACGAAAGUUGGUCAGUUUUGCUGCAGCAACAAUUGAAGUUGGGGACGAUGGAACAAUGGUAAAGUUAAAAUUGCCCUUAGUUCCAAAGACUCGAGAGACUAUACGGAGAAAAAAUGCUCAAAUAAUUAAAAUGGACUUGAAGCGGAAGGGAGAUUGGGAGGAGGCAGAGACUGUUAAAAUUGACCCUGAUGAUUUCUAUCUACCAACUAUUGACAGACAAGCAACUGAAGUUGAAGAUGUAUAUCCUGUAGAGGAGAUUUUGCCUAAAGAUGAGUAUGGGACAAUUUAUUCUGAGUUAACAGAAUCUGAUGAAAAUGUUGAAAAUAUUAUAGAUCCAGACGACGAUGUACUAAAUACACGGAAUAACAUAAGUGGAGCUUCUAAAUACCCAUUGCAACAUGAUGUUGAGAAAGGAAAUGAAAAACCUAAGACUGAGAAUGUUGAUCAAGAAGAUCUAUCAGAUAAUGAAGAUAUAAAAGACGCUGACGACGUUUAUUUACCGCCUAUUAACCGAAAAGCAACCAAACUUGAAGAUGUAUAUCCUUUAGAAAAGUUAUUUUCUAAAGAUACAUACAAGAAAAUUGAUUGCGAGUUAAAAGAUAAUUACAAAAAAGAUUUACAUCCAUGCAUACAGUCGCUUGUGAAAAAGAAAAGCUUGUCUUCCGAGCUAACAGUGCUGGCCGUGUGUGCAAGUUCGCUUAUAAAACACGUAAAUUCUCUAGGGAGAGAAAUCAAGAAAGCUACCUACAGAAUAUGCCCCAAUUCCAAGACAUUGAAUGAUAUCUUAAUAAAAGGAUUUACAGAAAUUGUUAAAUAUCAGAAUAACAAAAAAUACAAAGUUAAUGUAAGAAUCAAGUCGGAAAAAAUGAAAACUAAGUCUGUGUGUUAUAUAAUGAUAUGUAUAUUAAUUUUAAAUAACUUCCAUUUUAAACUGGACCUUCUCAAUGACGCAUUAAAGAAAACUGCAUGUGGAUUUAGGUUUAUGCUGGAGUCUGUACGCCUUAUUGGAGCGAGUAUUGAAAAUAGCGACGGUGGAACUAUAGUGAAGUUACAAUUACCAUCCGCCCCAACUCAACUCCCCUUAAAACCAUUGGAUCGUAAAAUUGACUUGUCUAAAUAUGACAUAAUUGACCCAGACGAUUUCUACGUACCGCCAAUUAACAGAGAAGCAACUGAACUUGAAAAUGUAUAUCUUGUGGACAAAAUUUUCUCUAAAAGUAAAUACAAGAAGAUUUACUGUGAUUUGGAAAAGAGUGAUUAUAUUGAGGAUCUACACCCAUACAUACAGUCAAUCAUUGAAAACAAGUCACUCUCCCUGCAGUCUACAGUGCUAGCAGUCUAUGCGAGUGAACUGAUAAAAUUCAUCCAUGUCCCAAGCUCGCAAAUCAGGAAAAAUGACUUUAAAAUAUGCCACAUAUCUAAGACGUUGAAUAAGAUACUAAUGAAAGGAUUUACAGAAUUUUCUGAAUAUAAAAGUGGUGGUAACAGAAAAUAUGUGUUUAGAAUCAGCUCACCAGAUUUGAAAGGAAAAAUGGCGUGCCAUGUAAUAGUGUGUGUUUUGAUAUUAAAUAACUUUCAAUGUGAACUGGAACCUCUGUCCGCUGCAGUAAAGCAUAAUAAAAAUAUAAGUAACGUACAAGGGAUGGUCCGACUUGUCGGUGCGUCUAUUGUAGACGGAGAGAACGGGAAACUUGUGCAGUUAAAAUUACCAUUAGCCCCAAAAACUCAGGUAACCAGAAGAAAACAAUCGACUAAAAUCAUAGCAAGAUUAAGCAAGAGGAGUAAAAACAGCUAGUCUGUAGCAGUCGCAUUGUGCAUAAAACAAACGCCCAGUGUCAGUGGCGGAUUAGCCCCAAGGCCCAGAAGGCCCGGGCCUUGAGCGGCAAGAUAUUAGGGGCGGCAGUCUAUAGAUGGGUGCUGAGAAAGGGGCGGCUUGUAGUUACUACAGGGCCUGGGGCCUAGGGCGGCCAGCACUGCAAAUCCGACACUCGUACCGUUUUUGAACUACAAGCAAAAAACUGAAAAAGCAAAAAUUUUCCACAACUCCUAGAAUGGAGUAAACUCGGAUUACGCUAAUUUAGAACCAAAUGAAGGCAUUAAGACAAUUUCCAGCUUGCUGGGA